GUAUACAAGAGAUCGAUGGCCAGAGUCUGAGGAUAGACUCUAUACUAAAUUCAAAAUUUCGUAAGUAUCAAAUUCCAACGCAAUGGUUAACACUCAGCAUCUGUCUUAAGCUUUUGGCUAGAAAUCAAAACAAGUAUCAUGUUUCCUCUUUGAUGAUUGCAUCCAGUUGGGGAAAGAUUUGAUCAUGGACGAAGACAUGUUGAGUGUUGCCUUGCAAUUUCUCCACAAAUACAUUGGGCUUGUUAUGUAUUUUCCUCACCAUGAAAAUCUUAAGAAAAUCGUAAUAUGUGAUCCCCAAGUAGUUUUUUCAACCAUCAGCGAACUAAUCUUCAAUAUUUACGAUCACAACCAGUUUCAAGUUAGCGAAGCACAAUAUGACCGUUUUGUGGAAGCUGGUUGCUUUUCACCUCAAGAUAUCACUCUAAUAAAUAAUGAAGAUCUGCCUGUGAAUGAAGAAAAAGAUAAACUUCUUCCUAUCGAUAAAUUAGUGGAUCUACUAGAGUAUCUAAGCAUUGCUGCUAAAGUACCCGUACCUUCUGGAAAGAAGGAGGUACUAUACUUUCUCCCUGCUGUUCUUCAAACUGCUGCAAUGGAUGCUGUUAAAAGAAGGCAAAAAGGAGAAAACGAAGAAUUGCUUCCAGAACCAAUCUGCAUCCAAUUCAAAACAGGAUACAUACCUCUAGGAUUUGUGUGUGCUUUAAUUGCAAAUCUUACUGCUGAAAGGAUUCAAUCUACUCUUUGAUGAAAGCAACAAGCUCUACAAAAAUAUGAUUCAAUUUCGAUUCCAGGGUAUAUUCAAUGUCACGGUAAUUUCUUUGCCACGGUAUUGUGAGUUCCGUGUCACUAGGCAACCGUUCCCCAACCAAAAACUCAUUGAGUUUUGGAGUGAGAAUAGUUCUCCUCUUAUCAUGGAAACUCUACGUAUACUUGCCAAUAAGGUUCUUCACUCUAUGCAGCGUGGCUUGCGUACAGUAGCUAAGGACUCCAGCAUGUAUGAACUUGCUUUCCAUUGCCCAAGACAUCCGAGCGCAGACUUUGGACAGGAAUCUCUCGCUGAACUUGUUUAUGACUAUUCAGAUCAACAUAUGGACAAAAAUAUUCCGGAUGAGGCCAUGUGCACUAAAUGCAAUACUGCUAUUCGUCCACUAACUCCUGAAAUGAUGUUUUGGUUUGGUAAGGCUCCGAUUGCAAGCUAAAAAUUUGUGAACAACCAGCUCGCAAAGGCAACGUCGACGUUAUAAGCAUGCAUACGUGCUGAUGGAUUACGGCCACUAACAUAUCAAUGGUAUUCAAAGGGGAACAAGCUCUGUGAUGAUGACAACCAGGACUAUGAUGACUACACAACAGAUAAUCUUGUCAUUAAGGAUAUGGUGUCGGGAGGUGUUUUUAAAUGCCAAGUGAAAGACAGAUUUGGCAACUGUGUUGAAUCUGAUGAGCUUGAUAUCUUUGAAGAUGUACUCAGAAGAACUUGGGAACUAGAAAAACCGGAAAUCAGCAAAUUAAAGGAAAACGGAUUUAGAAGUAUCAGAGAAUUAAAAAGUAUCAAGCUUGACGUACUGAAGUUCGAAGACGUUGAUAAGGAAAGGAUGGAACCACUCUUUCAGUUUAUUCAGAACAAAUUUGACAGUUCUUCAGCUUCAUGUGGAUUCUCUACUGGAGGGAGCAAACAGUCAACACGCUAUGAUACUGAAUUCAUUGUGAAGAGGCCAUCAUCAGAUGAGGGGUCCCUGCCAUCAGAAAGGCUCCAAUACUCAGCAAGUCCAGUCCAGAGAAUAGAAACUACAGUAUCACCGGCUGCAGGACCACCCGCUAAUCAAGUCACUCUCCAAGAACUAAAAAUGCAAUACAAUCUAACUGAUGAGCAACUCAACAGUGAAAUAGUGAGGUCAGAAUUUCCUAACCUGGCCAAACAUUUCGAUGGUGUGAUUAUAUAUUCGCAUGCCAUGGGACUAGCUCCUGCUGACCAAACUGAUGUGAAUGAGUUGUUCCAUAAGAGAGGAACUCAAGCAGCCAUGACUGAAUGUUUUAAUAUCUGGAAUCAACACAAUCCUUUUGCAGCAACUUACGGAGCUCUACUGGAGUUGUUACUAAGAUUGAGAAAAGACAAGAUAGCUGAUCUAAUCUGUCAGCACUAGUCCACUGGAGCCGGAGGUGUGGUCACUGCAUGGCUCGGACUCGUGAACUGAUUAGUAUCAAACUGUACAGGACACUCAGAGCGAUACUUUCAUUAGACUAUAAUUACUAUACUCCUACGUUAUAGCGUUAUAUUAAUGUGUUACGACUAUAUAAUGAUUAGCCU